GCACCGUUUCUGUUUUCCAAAGGUCCUAAACGGGCAAUCCCCAUUUUCUUGUCGGAGCUUUGACACCGUCUCUCUCUCUCUCUCUCUCUCUCUCUCGCAGCUUCUAAACUCUCAAGCUCGCACCUACCCCCUGUUAACCUCUGUUGUUUUCUUGAUAGGUCGUUGCUGUGAUGCCACUCAAGUUGAUCACACCUCAGUGACAAAAUUCAGUCUUCUUGUGAGUGUACUUUCAUUUGGAGUAUUUUCCUCCAGUUUGGGUUCUGAUUUUCUCCUAUAAAGUAGGGUAGAUGGAAAUGCUCAUUUCAGUUUGAAGUAUUCAUUCAGGAGAUUGUGGAGCUACCACAAUGGCAGAUUUCAGUCCUCCUAGGACUGAUACUUCCACCGAUGCCGACACUGAAGAUAAAAAUAUGAUGUUUCAAAUAAAUCAAUCACAGGGUAUAGAGGCUUCCAAUGGCAAUGAUAAGUACAGAGAUCAAAAGACUGUGCGUAGGCUUGCUCAAAAUCGUGAAGCUGCCAGAAAAAGCCGUUUAAGAAAAAAAGCUUAUGUUCAACAGUUAGAGAGCAGUAGAAUGAAGUUGACACAACUUGAGCAAGAGCUCCAACGAGCUAGGCAGCAAGGCAUAUUUGUUUCAAGUUCAGGAGAUCAAUCUCAAUCUAUGGGUGGAAAUGGUGCCUUGGCCUUUGAUGUGGAAUAUGCUCGGUGGUUGGAGGAGCAUAACCGACGGAUUAAUGAGCUAAGAGGUGCUGUCAAUUCACAUGCUGGUGAAGGUGAACUUCGGAUAAUUGUUGAUGGCGUCUUGGCACAUCAUGAUAGCAUUUUCAGGAUAAAAGGGGAUGCUGCAAAGGCUGACGUCUUUCACAUAUUGUCGGGCAUGUGGAAAACUCCUGCAGAAAGGUGCUUCCUUUGGCUUGGUGGAUUUCGUUCAUCUGAGCUUCUUAAGCUUCUUAUAAAUCAUUUGGAGCUGCUGACUGAUCAGCAGUUGUUGUCUAUCAACAACUUGCAACAAUCAUCUCAGCAGGCUGAAGACGCCUUGUCACAGGGAAUGGAGGCGUUGCAGCAGUCCUUGGCUGAAACUUUGGCGGGAUCUCUUGGCCCAUCAGCUUCGUCAGGAAAUGUCGCCAACUAUAUGGGUCAAAUGGCAAUGGCUAUGGGAAAGUUAGGAACUCUUGAGGGCUUCAUCCGUCAGGCUGAUAAUUUGCGGCAACAGACUAUGCAACAUAUGCACCAUAUACUGACGACUCGCCAGUCAGCUCGUGCUCUUCUUGCAAUCAGUGACUAUUUCUCUCGGCUCCGAGCACUUAGCAGUCUUUGGCUCGCCCGUCCAAGGGAGUGAGAUCUAUAUAUGCUUAACUCUUAACACCGGCUUCAAAUAUUGUGGGUCUUGCCUGGAUUUUGAUGCUGUAUUCAUCCGUCUCCAUCGAUCUGUAUCAAAAUGGUACUGCUUCCUGUCUUCCCAAGUUUGUAUGAAUCUGUGUUGUAUGGUUUUGAUUUAGUCAGAUGUAAUUUUUUACAGGCAAGGUUAAUGAAAGUAGGAAAAAAAAAUUGUUAAUGCAGUUUCA